AUGCGAAACAGAGCAUCGAGACCCCCUUCAACUCCCUUAUCUCGGCACCGGGACCCCCCUGCAGCCUCUCUUCCCUGGCAUCCUAGCUCCUGCACCCCGCAGACCCUCCCCAGGCUCUCUCUCUUGGCACCCAGGACCUUCCUUGUCCCCCCAGGGCUGCACUCCCUGCGCUAUUUCCACAUCUCGCUGGCGGAGCCCAGCUUGGGGCUGCCUCAGUUCACGGCUGUGGGGUACGUGGAUGGGGUCCCCAUCGCUCGCUACGACAGCAACAGCAGGAGGAUGGAGCCCCUGAGGGAGUGGAUGAAGGCCAACCUGGAGCAGGGGUACUGGGAUGGCCAGACCCACACUGAACAGAUCAACGAGAGGAUGAACGAAGUGAACCUGGUUAUCGUGCAGGCGAGAUACAACCAGAGUGGGAGUGAGUGGGGCUGGGAAGGGGUUCGGUCUGCAUCAUUGGAAAUGCCCUUCCCACCCGGCCGGGCUGGAUCUGCCUGCCAAGGGGCGUGGCUAGCGGAGCGCUUCAGGCUGCUAUUGGUGGACGGGAGGCUCAGUGGGCGUGGCAGCCCCGCAGUGGGCGUGGCAGCCCCGCAGUGGGCGGGGCGGGGCGGGGCGAGAGAGCUCGCAGACCGCACACCGGUCACCGCACACCGCACACCGGACACCGCACACCGCACACCUCCUGUUGUGCCUGCUCUCUGUCGAGUUACGCUCAGGAGUCAUAGCCAAGUGUCGCUCCGGGAUCAGAGCCAUCAGCGCCAUGGGGUCUCGGUGGGUUCUCGGCUUGGGUUUGCUCCUGGGGGUCCUCGGAGGAGCCGUGAACGCUCAGGAGUCAUAGCCAGCAUCGCCAUGGGGUCCCGGUGGGUUCUGGGCUUGGGUUUGUUCCUGGGGGUCCUCGGAGGAGCCGUGAACGGGCUGCACUCCCUGCGCUAUUUCCACAUCUCGCUGGCGGAGCCCAGCUGGGGGCUGCCUCAGUUCACGGCUGUGGGGUACGUGGAUGGGGUCCCCAUCGCUCGCUACGACAGCAACAGCAGGAGGAUGGAGCCCCUGAGGGAGUGGAUGAAGGCCAACCUGGACCAGGGGUACUGGGAUGGCCAGACCCACCUAGAACAGAUCAACGAGAGGAUGAACGAAGUGAACAUUGACAUCCUGCAGACGAGAUACAACCAGAGUGGGAGGCCUCAGACACUGCAGCAGAUACAUGGCUGUGACCUGCUGGAGGAUGGCAGCACCAGGGGGUACUAUCAGAGUGCCAUCGAUGGGAGAGACUUCCUGGCCCUCAAUGAGGACAUGAAGACCUUCACUGCAGCAGACCAAGCAGCUGUGCUCACCAAGAGGAAGUGGGAGGAGGAUGGGACAGUGGCUGAGCACUGGAAGCACUACCUGGAGAAAACCUGUGUGGAGUGGCUGAAGAGAUACCUGAGCUAUGGGCAGGCUGAGCUGGAGAGGAGAGAGCCCCCAGUGGUGCGAGUGUCAGGGAAGGAGAGCCAGGGCAUCCUGAGCUUGUCCUGCCGCCUGUAUGGCUUCUACCCGCGGCCCAUCGGCGUCAGCUGGCUGAAGGGGGCCGAGGUGCGGGACCAGGACACCCAGCGGGGCAGCAUCGUCCCCAACAGCGACGGCAGCUUCUCCACCUGGGCCUCCAUCGAGGUGCUGCCGCAGGAGCAGGAGCUCUACCGCUGCCGGGUGGAGCACUCCAGCCUGCCCCAGCCCCGCCUCUACUCCUGGGAGCCGGAGGGGCGGUCGCUGCCCGUGGUGCUGGCAGUGGUCGCGGCGGUGGUCACCGUCGUGGCUACCGUCGGGAUGGGCAUUGCCGUCUGGAAGUGGAGAUCAGGUGAGAGCUUAGGGGGAGAGGAGGCAGAGGGUGGGAAGAUCAGAAGAAAGGCUUCAACCCGGUACCACCAGUUAGCCGGUGUGCUGCUGCAGCGAGGCCGCCUUGUGGCUGUGCUCGCAGCUGCUUACAAGAUAACAGCAUGCGAAACAGAGUGUGUGUGA